AUGUCUGAGCGGAGCAAUUACUCCUACAACGGGCCGCGCCCCAACCCGUUAUACGGCGGCCCGAAGGCCUCUAAAGCCACCAGCUCUAGCAGCCAGAACCCCUCGUGGGUGCGUCGCGAGCCGUCCGCGUCGCACGCCUAUAGCGACUCAAACUGCUCCCCCGGCUCCUCGCCCGCACGCAGCAACCGCAGCGGCGGAGGCCCGUACUACGCGCCGCAGUAUGAAAACCCCGGGUAUACCGUCGAGACUCCAGGACACUAUAACGGGUUCGGAACGGGCCCCGGUUCUGUCGGCGGAAGCUCCAUCCCCGCGGCGUCGCCCUACCGCCCGACCGCGUCCUAUUUCGUGCAGACGCCCGCGCAUUCCGACCGCGCGGGGCUUUUCAGCUCGCCCGGGUCGUCCGCGCCGUCGUCGCCGCGCUUCGGCGACGAAGACGCGCGGAGCAUGCGAUCCGGACGAGGGGGCGCGUCCGUUGCGAUCAACGGUGGCGACGGCGACGACGACUACGACGAUUUUUACCCGGAUCACCUGCGCGACGCGGACCGGCGACGCAAGUGGUGGAUCGCAUUCUGGGCGUAUACGUCGUUGAUCGUCGGACUGCUGCUGGUCGCAGGCGCGAUCGUGUGCUGGAUCAUCUUCCAACCGACGGAACCAACGUACACUUUCGACUACGUGGCGGUGAACCAGUUUACUGUAUACCAGGACAUGCUUGACGGUAACGGAAUGGCGACGGACCAUCUGUACGCCAACAUGACGUUCAUCUUCUCUAUACGCAACCCCAACACGCGGUUUAACACGUGGUUCGACGGCGGCGAUCUCUCCAUCAGCUAUCACAACAUGGCGAAUAUCAUGAAGACAACGCUGCCGACCUUCCAGCAGGAGCAACUCGAGUGGUCCAGCUUCAACCGCUCGCUCUCAACCAUGGCGUUUCCCUUUAUUUACCUUUCUCCCUCUCCCCUCCAUUCCCUCUCUCUUUUGUCCCCCUUCCCACUCUUCCCCUCCCUCCCUCCCCCGCCCCACCACCAGCUGCCGACCUUCCAGCAGGAGCAACUCGAGUGGUCCAGCUUCAACCGCUCGCUCUCAACCAUGGCGUUUCCGCUGUACGCAGGGGGGACGUUCAUGCGCGCGGACAUGGCGGAGCAGUUCGUUCCGCUGAAGCUGAACGCGACGCUCAACAGCCACGUGGACGUGGCGUGGAAGAUCAUCCAGCCGAAAUACUCGCAGCUGCUGGAGUGCGUGGUGAACAUUAACCCCGCAUCUCUACAGUACAUUAACGACACGUGCACGCUUACAAUGCUUAGCAAAAAGGUCUAG